AAUAACCCAUUUGGUCAUUUCUCUAAUAACCUAUUUGGUUAUUUCGCGUUUUCAUUAUAGAAAAUCGAAGGUGAGUAAACUUUACCCUGGCAUUGAAGGCAUUAAUCUGAAAUGCUUCACUUACAUGGAGCUAAAACAAGCUACCGACGGAUUCAAGGAGGAACUAGGUCGUGGUGCUUUUGCAACGGUUUACAAAGGAGUUCUAGCAUCCGAGAAUGGGAAAUAUGUUGCUGUCAAAAGAUUGGACAGUAUGGUCAGAGAAAAUGAUUUCGAAUUUAAAGCUGAAGUGAGCGCAAUCGGGAGAACAAAUCACAGAAAUUUAGUCCAGCUACUAGGUUUCUGCAACGAAGGGCAGCACCGAAUUCUUGUGUACGAGUUUAUGACCAAUGGCUCUCUUGCAAGCUUCCUCUUUGGAGAGUCAAGGCCCAGCUGGUAUCAGAGAAAGGAAAUUUCCUUGGGAACCGCGAGAGGACUCUUGUACUUGCAUGAGGAAUGCAGCAGCCAAAUCAUACAUUGUGAUAUUAAGCCUCAAAACAUUCUACUAGAUGAGUCUUUCACAGCAAGAAUUGCCGACUUUGGGGUAGCCAAGCUUUUGAAGACGGACCAAACUCGAACAACUACUAGGUUCAGAGGAACAAAAGGGUAUGUGGCCCCUGAAUGGUUCAAAAGCUUGCCUGUCACAGCAAAGGCGGAUGUUUACAGCUUUGGAGUUAUGCUAUUAGAGAUUGUUUGCUGCAGGAAGCAUUAUGAACCAAAGAUGGAGGAUGAAGAUCAAAUGGUACUAGCUGAUUGGGCGUAUCGUUGCUAUAAGCAAAAUACACUGCGCCUGUUGUUAGAGAAUGAUAAUGAUGAGUCAAUGGAUGACCUCGAGAUGAUGGAGAGGUAUGUGAUGAUUGCAUUUUGGUGCAUUCAUGAAGAUCAAUCACUAAGACCAACCAUGAAGAAUGUCACACAGAUGCUUGAAGGAACUCUUGAAGUCCCAAUCCCACCAAAUAUCUCUCAUUAUAUGUUCAAUCUAACUGAUAGAAAUUAUUGGUUUCUGGAUAUCAAAAUAUGUCGAUGUUCGAUCAUGUAAUGAAGGACUUAAAACUACAAACUUGGUUAGUCCUUGGUGUGUAACAAAUUUUCUG